AUCCCACGUCUCUGUCAUUACAAUGUCCUACUACCAUUUUCUUUGUUAAAGCGAAUAUAUUCAUAUUUAGUACAAUAUUUAGAGAAUAUAUUAUGAAUGUCUGUUUGUCGAAUAUAUUUAAACCACUAUUUAAAUUGCCUUUUGAGGGAGCCUGUAACUAUUAGAAUACAGUUUCCGGAUACGUAGAAAAGGUAAUAAUAACCCCGGAAAAGCCAGUGUGUUCUCGUCCUUGGACUUGCGGCGGGGACAACGUUACACGUUGAUCUCUCUGUCUCUCUCUCUCUCUUGUUCUUCCUUCCUUUGAUUCCCUUCGCGGUUCUGUAAUCUGGCGAAGUGACACACUUGCUCUGUUCUUUAAAUGUUUAAACUUUAUUCUUGCCCAUAAAGAGAAACAUGGUGGGGAGUGGCCUGGAGUAAACUCUGUCAAUGUCAAUUCGGAGUAAUCCAAGCCACGGGAAUGCCGCAAAAAUAGAAGCUUGCAGUAAAAUCUUAUAAUGGGUUUGAUAUUCUUUUGAAGUCUGAAGAGAGAGAGAGAGAGUGUUGGUGGGUUGUCUGCGCGAGUCACUUUCUGUCGGCAUUGUCGGAUGGCUUGAAUCUUUCACCAUCUCUCUGGUGAGUUUCUUCUAGAAAAGUGCGGCGGAGAUUGAUGCUUCAGGGGCUUGUCUGAAUCCGCUUUCCGACCAUUCAUCUCCGAUGCUUUCUGGGUUUCCGUUUCCGUGUUCUUAGAUUUUUCGUUAUGGGGUUUGCCUCUGAUAAUCCAUUGAUUUGCCUCUGCUCAAUAGAGUAAUCUCCCCAUUUGAAUGUCUGAAAUGUGGGAAAUUGUCGGUUAUGUCAUGUUUGUUCGCUGAGAUGAACUUGAGCUUUCUGGAGAUCUGCUUGUGACGCCAUUUCUCUGGCUUUUAACUUUUAAGGGUAGUAGCUUGGUGUGUUGCUGAGAGAGGAAUGUCAAUUCUUGCAGCAGCCAUUGGAAGUGCUGCAGGAGCUCUUGCAUUGGUGGCUCUAUUGAUCUUUCUCCUCUGGUUUUGCCUCUUUGGUCGUCGAAGUGUGUCAAGGACUUCUGGGACAGCCUCAUCUGAUCCCUCUCUUCAAGCAGGCAGGAAUGUUGCAAUGGAGCUAUCCCUUGGAGAAGCUAGAAGAUUUGAAAUGGAAGAGCUGGCUCAGGCCACCAAGGGUUUUACCAGUAAGAGUCUCAUAGGUGUAGACAAAUUUGGUGAGGCUUACAAGGGAUUGCUUCAGGAUGGCAUGCUUGUGGCCAUCAAGAAGCGGCCCGGUUCUCCUACUCAGGAAUUCGUCAAUGAGGUCCGAUAUCUGUCAUCCAUCCGUCACCGCAAUCUUGUUGCCCUCCUCGGUUACUGUCAGGAAAACAAUAUGCAGUUUCUCGUUUAUGAGUAUGUACCUAAUGGAAGUGUUUCCAGUCACCUGUACGGUGGUGGUGGUAACGUGGCUGGACAGAAGCUAGAAUUCAGAAAUCGGCUCACAAUAUCUCUCGGGGCCGCUAAAGGGCUGGCACACCUUCAUUCUCUGAGUCCUCGACUAAUACACAAGGAUUUCAAAACGGCCAAUGUUCUUGUAGACGAAAACUACAUUGCCAAGGUUGCGGAUGCAGGACUUUGUAAUGUCCUGGGACGAGAGGAUGUCGGUCCAUCCUCUCAAACGGUGGCAGAAGACAUAUUCCUUGCCCCAGAGGUUCAAGAGUUCAGGAGAUUUUCGGAGAAAAGUGAUGUCUAUGCUUUCGGGGUAUUCCUCUUGGAAUUAGUGACCGGACGAGAAGCAUCAGAACCGCCCCCUUCGAGUUCAGCGCAAACUCUUGUCGAAUGGUUUCUGGCAUUGCAGAUGCAAAACAAAGUGGAUUACGGGAAUCUAUCCGCAGUGAUUGAUGAGAGAAUGGAUGGUAGUUACACAGCAGAAGGACUGGAAGAGCUGAUGGUAUUAACAACGAGAUGUCUGGAAGUGUUGAGUGGGAAGAGACCAGGGAUGAGCUAUGUUGUGACAGAACUGGAACGGAUACUAGACAGAGAAGUGAGAUUAACAACAUUAAUGGGUGAAGAAGGCACACCAACCGUUACUCUUGGAAGCCAGCUUUUCGAAGCCACGAAGUAAAAGAAACAACCUUGUGGGUUGUGUCUGAAAAGUGUUCAUUGAUCGGAUUCCGCCAUCUUUAUAUGCAGAUUAAGCUUUUCCUCUUGUGAGAGACAAGACUUGCGAGGAGGAGGAUAAUCAGCUGUCUGGUUUAAGUGUAUAAAGAGCAGCUGUGCUAUUCGUUUGUUUGUUGUUCGUUUCUCCUUUGAAGGUGUUAUUUCAGAUUUGUUUCUAAGUGCAGAAAAUACAAUUGUAAACGAUUAUUUGUUGAUGUAAAAGGGAGUUAAGAGUGGGUAUGAAUAUAUGUGCAAGUGUAAUCCAUUGCUAAAACAUGCUCUUGAUCAAGUGUAAGAGGAGUA